AACUUUAAUCAUACGAAGCGUGGUAUAGCUGUAGUGGUUGUGAAUGAGAAAUUUGAGGGACACAGUAAAAGAGCUGGAGCUGAACUAGAUAGAGAACUUCUAUCUUAUUGUUUUAGAUCCAUAGGAUUUGAUGUCAGAGUUUUUACCAAUCUGAAUGGUUUUCAAUUAGUAACAGAAAUGGAAAAGAUUGCUUUAGAGAUGACAAGGGAUCCUGAUUUUGAUUGUUUUGUGUUUGCUAUGAGUUCUCAUGUAGAAGAAGAUAUAAUACAUGCUACUGAUGGCUAUAUUCCAACAGAGAGAAUAUUAGAGCUCUUCUCAGAUGAAAACUGUAAAGGUUUAAUUGGAAAACCAAGAUUAUUCUUCCUACAGGCUUGUCGUGGUAAUUUGUUUGAUAUUGGUACUACUGUUAUAGAUGAAGUAGAUUCAGCAAGUGAUAAAAUGGUGAUAACAAGAAUACCAUGUUUUAAAGAUUAUUUAGUAAUGUGUGCUACACCUCCUGGAUUUUAUGCUUUUCGAAGACCAUCUGAGGGUUCAUGGUUUAUAAUUGAAUUAUGUCGUGCCCUCCAAAAAGCUGGCAGCAAUCAACCAAAUAUACUGAAACAUUUACGAUAUGUUUCAAAAUGUGUGGGUCGUAAUUUUGAGUCUAAAUCUGAGCAAUCAUUGUAUAAUGCCAAGAAACAGUCACCAGUAAUAUAUUCUAUGCUUGUUAAAGAUAUCCUUUUUAAU